AUGAAUUUGAUUCUCAUUUUCUUUGGCUCGAUCACUGUGUUGGCCGCUUUGCCCUUCGGAGGGGCUUUCACCUUCGCCGAUGACCUUGACGCGGAGGCGUUCCACCUUCCCGAUCGAUUUUACCCUUCCAGUCGAUAUCCCUUCCUCACUGACGAGGAACUUCAAGCAGAGGAUGGGGAGAUAUAUUUCGAGGACUGCUUUGAGUUAACCUGUCAUACAGGUGACUACGGAGGCUUCGGAUGCCGAGACGGAUUCUGCGAUUACAUCUGCGAGCCCGACGGUUGCUACGAGACGGAACGCUUGAAGGCAUCUGGUGGUCGAGCGUCUCGUUCUGUCGGGGCAAUACGCCGACAGGCCAGACGCGACUUCACCGGACAUCUGGAAAUCUUUGGCAGAGUGGACUUUGAAGGCUGCAGCGCGAAACACUGUCGUUUCGGGGAGUACGAGGGCUACGCAUGUCACGAGGGCAUCUGUGGUUACGUGUGCAAGGGAAGCAUGUGUAGAAGUCGUCUGAAAGAGCUGAGUGAAGAUGAGAGCGCUGCCGACGACCCUGAUGACUACGAGGAUUAUGAUGAAGAUGAAGAUUACUAG